AUUACACGUAGCGGACUGGAAAUGAGGAAGUGGCAGGAAGCAGCACUUCACAUGAGCUCACCUCCUCUCACCGCUCACAGCCUCAUUCUGCUGUUAAACUACUGAAGUGAAGCUUUCCUCUUUUAUACAUAUAUAUAUAUAUAGGGUAGUUUAAAACAGAGGAGAGGCGGAUAUGAAGCUGGUGGUCCUCCUGCUCCUCCUCCAGGUGACCGGAUGUGCAGACAGCAGGUGCUUCUGUCAGGUCACAGGAGACCUGGACGACUGCACGUGUGAUGUGGAGACCAUCGAUGGCUUUAACAACGACAAGCUGUUCCCCAAACUUCAAACUCUUCUGGAGUCGGACUAUUUCAGGUUCUACAAGGUGAACCUGAACAAGGAGUGUCCGUUCUGGACGUCGAGCAGUCAGUGUGGUCUAAAGCACUGUGCUGUGAAGCCCUGCUCUCCUAAUGAAGUGCCAGAAGGGAUCAGGUCCUCCCCACACCACAAGUAUUCAGCAGAAGUAAAUGAGCAGCCAGUUGAUUGUGAGCAGGCGGAGCAUCUCGGAGCUGUGGAUGUUUCUUUAAGUGACGAGACCAGAAAGGCUCUGCUCAACUGGAGCAAACACGACGAUGAGGCCGAACGCUUCUGCGUGGUUGACGACGAGGAGUCACCGGACUCUCAGCAUGUCGACCUGCUGCUGAACCCGGAGCGCUACACGGGCUACAAAGGACCAGAGACCUGGCAGAUCUGGAACAGCAUCUAUGAGGAGAACUGCUUCAAACCAUACACCAUCAAGCGACCUCUGAUUCCCAACUCGUUCCACAGCAGCUCAGGAAAUGAAGCAAAGACCUUCUACAGCUGGCUGGAAGGUCAGUGUGUAGAGAAGAGGGCUUUCUACCGGCUUGUCUCCGGCCUCCAUGCCAGCAUCAACAUACACCUGAGCGCCAGAUACCUCUUGGAUGACAGCUGGUUCCAGAAGAAGUGGGGUCACAACGUGUCGGAGUUCAGACAGCGUUUUGAUUCAGAGCUGACGGCCGGCGAGGGGCCCAAGAGGCUCCGCAACCUCUACUUCCUGUUCCUGAUCGAGCUGCGGGCGCUGGCCAAAGUUCUGCCUUUCUUCCAGCAGCCGUCCUUCCAGCUGUACACCGGCAGACCGGAGGAGGACCAGAGACACAAAGAGCUGCUGCUGGAGAUCCUGCAGCUGGCCCGAUCUUUCCCUCUGCACUUCGAUGAGACGUCUUUAUUUGCUGGGGAUGAAAAGGAAGGUGCCAAACUGAAGGAGGACAUCCGACUGGCCUUCCUCAACAUCUCCAGGAUCAUGGACUGUGUGGGCUGCUUCAAGUGUCGACUGUGGGGCAAACUGCAGACCCAGGGAUUAGGAACAUCGCUAAAGAUUUUGUUUUCAGAGCGACAGAUUGAAGCUCUGCCCACAUCCAGCGUCCAGCGACCCAGUUUCCAGCUCAGCCGACAAGAGAUUGUCUCCCUGUUCAAUGCCAUUGGAAGGAUUUCCACAAGCAUCAGAGAGCUGAAGAACUUCAGAUCGCUGUUAGCGGAGGAGCUGUGAUGGUGUGGGGAGCCACUCUUCUGCCUGAAUCCUGCUGAAAUACUGUUUAAACUACCGUCAGAGUUUAACAUGAAUAGAGAUCAGCUUCAGCUCCUUAGCUCUUAGCUGAGUCUCAGUGGUGGAAGAAGUAUCCUGGUCUAUUACUUGAGUAAUUGUAGUGAUACCACAGUGUAGAAAUACCUGCCAAGUAAAAGUUCUGCAUUCAGAAUCAUAGUUAAGGAAAAGUACAAUAAUGAUAACAUGAAAAUAUAGUAAAUAUAGUAAAGUAACAAAAGUACUCAUUAUGCAAAAUGGCCCAUUUCAUAAUAAAAAAUAUAUAUCACUAGAUUAUAGUUAUUGAUGCAUUCAUGAGUUCACCACUUUAAUGUUGCAGCUGGUAAAUGUUGGAAUAAUUUUGAUUGUUUUAUAUGCUGCUGGGUAGCUAAACCUAUAAUAAUAUAUCAUAAUUUAUUAGGUGAUUUAUAUUUGUUUUAUUAUGGAGAAAAAGCACAAUAUUUGCUUCCAACAUGUAAUGGAGUAGAAAUAUAAAGCAGCCAAAAAUGUAAAUACUCAAGUAAAGUACAAGUAACUCAAAACUGUACUUAAGUAUGUUUAGUUACAUUCCACCACUGCACUGCUGAGAGGAGACUGAGAUUAUUUUUCUAUGAAGAAUUAAGUCCUUUUUCUUGAAUUAAAAAUAAAUUUGUAAUUUUGACAUGUUACACCACUGGCUAUAUUUGAUAUUUUGUAUUAUAUUAAUGUAGCUUAAAGUUUUUUGUUGAGUGAAACUGUAAUAAUUCCAGCUAUUAUGAGAGACUGAAGAGAUGAUUUGAAAAUGUGCUUUCACCAAUAUUACACUUCACUUGCAGUGUUUUUGUGAUUAUGCUGGUGUCCUGAGGGUGGCGCUGUUUGUAAAGCAAAUUUUUAUCUAUGAAUACAAAAUCUAAUUGCUUUGGAAAGUCUUAAUUUAAUGUAAACAAGAGGAAUAUGCCGUGUGUUGAGAUGAAGAACUGUACGGGUGUGAGAAUGAUAUAUUUUAAUUUAAUUUCCAGACUGAUGCAUUUCAUUAAAAUCAUACAUUUUCUGUGACCUAUUAACCUGUGUGUGUGUGUGUGUCUGUGUGUGUGUGUGUGUGUCUGUGUGUGUGUCUGUGUGUGUGUCUGUGUGUCUGUGUGUGUGUGGCAGAGAACAUUAACCCAGUUCCAUCGGCGGUGGGUCCCGGUUAAUGGUGCCUUCAAGUACCCCUCGAGAACUCAGACUUCCAUUGUUUAGCGUGUUGGUUGAAAUGUAUUUAAGAUUUUGUAUUUAAAUCACAAAUAAUAUUAAACUUGAAAACACGUAGACCUACAUGAAAUCAAAAAUUAAGACAGGUGUACCGGUGAUGUGUGUUGCAAUUCUUUGUGACUUUGCUGUUUGCUGUAGAUAACUGACUAAUGUUCAGAAAUAUACUGGCUUAAUGUAAAUGUGUUUUCUGACUGAAAAUAAUAAAAGGAAAUAAAAUUAUUUUUAAGAAA